GUGGCUUGGGAGAAUGAGUAGGAUUUUCCCAGGCCCGAGGGAAACCCGGCGGAGGAGGGGCCUCCCUCACUCUUGUAGCGGUUUCCGGUUUGCCUGAAAGUUUAAUAUUAAUCAAGUUUAAUAUUAAACUUGAAUUCUCUAGUCUCGUGACACCGGGGUUUAUUCUUGUUCCUGUGUUAACAGCUGAAGAAACAAGGUGGUCUGAAUCCCGUUUUAUUUUUAUAUUAGUUCUGUGAUCUUGAGCCAGCGUGGACUUAAAAUGUCAUUUUUCUGUGUUUAGUGGAAAUAGGAGUAGGACUUUGUUCAUGGGGUUGUGGGAAUCUAACGGGUUAGUGCUUUUAAAGGGCUUACCACAAUGCCUGACACAUGGGAAGAGUUCACUCUUUUUGCUGUUAUUGUGACGACCAACCCAACGUGCUCCUGGUGGGAUGUGGCGGUGCAGUCCCUGAACCUUGAUUCUAGUCUCCCAUUGGAGCAACCACAUCUCACCCCAGUUCAGUUCUCACUUUUUCUAAUGUCUAACCUAAAGCACUGCUAGAUUCUGAGAGCAAUAUACGCAGAGGCAAGACACUUGAUCCUCACCCUUAAGGAACUAAUUUAGUCAGAGAGGAAGCGCAAGUUCAGAAGAAAAACUGUAAUGCAGGAUGGGGUGUGAUAAUGUCAUAGGAAAGUUACAAUAAAAAAAAGUUUUCUGGAUUUUUAAAGAAAGACAUGCUAAUUGGAAGUUUUACAUGGAAUAGGGGCUUUGGAGGUGGGUCUUGAAGACUGAAUGAAUAGAAUCAAAGAAAUUUAUGUCAGCAAUUUUAAUUAAGGGACUGGGACCCAUGGCAGCUUCAGAAGCUGGGGUCUGGUGAGUUGGGUCAUGAGGAGCUGCCAAUGGGAAACAGCUUGGAGUAGAGCUUCUUAAUCCUGGCUGCACAUUAGAAUAACAUGGCGAACUUGGAUGACCCAUGUUUGAUUGAAUUGCUCUGGGGUAUAGCCUGGGUAUAAAUUCAUUUCAUCUCAUUUAUAAUGUUUGAACAGGAAGAAACAAAAAGCUUAAUUACUUUAUCACCAUGUACUACAGGUGGUAAAAAGCAUUUACAAUUAUGUAGGGUGAUGUGAAAAGACUUAGUAUAUAGUACAUAAUACAUAGUAGUGAAUGUGAAGUCGCUGAGUCGUGUCCGACUCUUCGCGACCCCAUGGACUGCAGCCAACCAGGCUCCUCCGUCCAUGGGAUUUUCCAGGCAAGAAUACUGUAGUAGGUUGCCAUUUCCUUCUGUAAAUUGAUCCUAAAUUUUGUUAGCUUAUAUGGAAGUCACACAUCUAAAAAUAUGGUUUUAAAAUUAUUGUUUUAUAUUUUUUGCGUUUUUAAAAAUUUUUUUGCAUAUUUUAAGGUAUUCAUAGCAUUCUCCAGAACCCAUCUAUGGACCAGUCUCCCUUUCUCCUUUAUUCCCAGUUGAAGAAGCCUGGUAAAGCAUUUAGAAUAGGACUUAAAUGUUUGUGUGUGAGCACUUUUAUUAUUUUGUUUUUAAUUACCCUGCUGUCUUGCUUAAAUUAACCUAAUGUUGAGUGUCCCUGGCAGGCUUAAUUCAUUAGCGGACAAAAGGACUAACUGGAGGGGUAGGAAAUGAAGGAAUAGAAGAAGUGGAAGAGGAAAGGAAAAACAAAAACAAGAAAAUCGCAGGAAGUGGUUUGUUAUGGGGGCAUGUUGUGCUGUCAUCUCGUAUGACCUUGGUCUUCUCAGCUCCUCCCAGGGCUGAAGGCAGUCAGAUAAGAAGGGCACUCUGAUUACUGGGAACAUGUCAUUUGAACCACAUGGCUCAGUUAGGCUGACCUAGAUGGCAGGAUUUCUCUAGUAUAUCUAGUAUGAGUUCUACAUCUUGGCCUUUUAUCCACCUUCAGCAGUCUCAUCUCCAUCAUCUUAAGAAUAAAUGAGAUUUGCAUGAGUUCCAAACUUGGGGCUGAAAUACAAACUCCAGUGCUAAUAUCCUUUUCUUCUAGUUGUUAUUAACAGCUCCUCAGAAAAUUAAAUGUCGUCAGAAGACCGAGAAGCUCAGGAGGAUGAAUUGCUGGCCCUGGCAAGUAUUUAUGAUGGAGAUGAAUUUAGAAAAGCAGAGUCUGUCCAAGGUGGAGAAACCAGGAUCCAUUUGGACUUACCACAAAAUUUCAAGAUAUUUGUGAGCGGCAAUUCAAAUGAGUGUCUCCAGAAUAGUGGCUUUGAAUACACCAUUUGCUUUCUGCCUCCACUUGUGCUGAACUUUGAACUGCCACCAGAUUAUCCAUCCUCCUCCCCACCUUCAUUCACUCUUAGUGGCAAAUGGCUGUCACCAACUCAGCUUUCUGCUCUCUGCAAGCACUUAGACAACCUGUGGGAAGAACACCGUGGCAGCGUGGUCCUGUUUGCCUGGACGCAGUUCCUUAAGGAAGAGACCUUAGCAUACCUGAAUAUUGUCUCUCCUUUUGAACUCACGAUGGGUUCUCAGAAAAAGGUUCAGAGAAGGAUGGCUCAAGCUUCUUCCAACACAGAGCUAGAUUUUGGAGGAGCCACUGGAUCUGACAUAGACCAAGAGGAAGUUGUGGACGAGAGAGCCGUGCAGGAUGUGGAAUCAUUGUCGAGUCUGAUCCAGGAAAUCUUGGACUUUGAUCAAGCUCAGCAGAUAAAAUGCUUUAAUAGUAAAUUGUUCCUGUGCAAUAUCUGUUUCUGUGAGAAACUGGGUGGUGAGUGCAUGUACUUCUUGGAGUGCAGGCAUGUGUACUGCAAAGCCUGUCUCAAGGACUACUUUGAAAUCCAGAUCAGAGAUGGCCAAGUUCAGUGCCUCAACUGCCCAGAACCCAAGUGCCCUUCAGUGGCCACUCCUGGUCAGGUCAAAGAGCUAGUGGAAGCAGAGUUGUUUGCCCGUUAUGACCGCCUUCUCCUCCAGUCCACCUUGGACCUGAUGGCCGAUGUGGUGUACUGCCCCCGCCCAUCCUGCCAGCUGCCUGUGAUGCAGGAGCCUGGCUGUACCAUGGGCAUCUGCUCCAGCUGCAAUUUCGCCUUCUGUACCCUGUGCAGACUGACCUACCACGGGGUCUCUCCAUGUAAGGUGACAGCAGAAAAACUAAUGGACUUACGAAAUGAGUACCUGCAAGCAGAUGAGGCCAAUAAAAGAUUUUUGGAACAGAGGUAUGGUAAGAGGGUGAUUCAGAAGGCACUGGAAGAGAUGGAAAGUAAGGAGUGGCUAGAAAAGAACUCAAAGAGCUGCCCAUGUUGUGGAACUCCCAUUGAGAAAUUAGAUGGAUGUAACAAGAUGACAUGUACUGGCUGUAUGCAAUAUUUCUGCUGGAUUUGCAUGGGUUCUCUUUCCAGAGCAAACCCUUAUAAACAUUUCACUGAUCCUGCUUCCCCGUGUUUUAACCGGUUGUUCCAUGCUGUGGAUGUUAAUGGAGAUAUUUGGGAAGAUGAGAUUGAAGACUAAUUAACUUCUGCUGCUCAAGAUAUGGAAGUGGAAUGGUUUGCCCUAAUCUUUUGUCAAGUAUACAGAGUAACUUUGUAGGAUAUUUAGGGUGCCAUUGAUUCAGUCUUCCUGUGUAGAAAAUAUGGAGGAACAAGGUUUUAUUUUCACGUGGUACUACUGAUUAAGGCACAUGUAUACAUUUUUUCAUUGCAGCAUAAUUGAAGAAGUAUUAAGCCAAAGGUUCAGAAAAUGAAAAAUAGAAAAUAUUAAUAUUACGAUGUGCCCAAAGCUUUGAGUAGUUAAAAAUUAAAUAUUUAUUUUCUUCUCCAAGCUUUAGGGAAAGAGAGACGGGUCAAGAGUUAAAGACCUUUUUAUCUCUGAGAAGCAUCCCUCUAAGACAUUCUGUGGGAGCUGUCUCAGUAGUACUCCUUAACACCUGGGGUGGGUAGAAGCCUUACUAAAAUUGUGCCGAGAGCCUGAUCUUAUUUACUUCAUAUUACAUUCUUUCCAACCUGAAUUUCUGCUGAUUUUAUUUGGAGGAAGCCCUUUACUUUAACUGAUUGGAUGGCCCAGUGUCAUUUUGAUCUGCUGCUUUUCAGAAUAGAAAUUUACAGAUAAUUUAAAAAAUAUUUUUUAGUACAUAAACACUGUAGGUCACCUGAUAUAUUUAUCAGUGGUCUAUAGUCCACUGGUUUUGAGCCAAGUCUAGAAUUUAUUGAUAGUGGCUUAGAAGAAUUUCAGCCCUUUUAAACUUUGCUGUUUCUUCUAGGCAGUAGAGCUUAGAUUCAGAACGACUUGUCUUUGCUACCUUUUGUUCUACAUUCUCUCCAGUUGACCCUUGCCCUGUCUUUCAUUGGUAAGGACAAUUUUAAUAUUAGCUCCAAAAGCUCAUAGUUUUAUUUCCCCUGCUGGGAUAGGGGAAAGCCUAAUAUGUUCCCAAGCUGAACUUUAAUUAUCUGCGUUUUGAACACUGCACCACCAUAGUUCCAGUGCUAAGUUUCUGAAUUCUUUUUAAAGGGCUUCUCUAAUGUGCUAUGGAAAUUUGUUUUCCUAUCCUCUUUUUUUUUUUUUUUUGGCAUCAGCACUGUUCCAGGGGAUGAUUUUGGCUUGAUACCUAGAUCCCUGUUCUUGGGUUUUGUUGGCUUUUUGAAAAAUUGUCUUUCCAUAUGGUUUGGUGAGUGGGUUGGUAGCAAAAUAAGAUUUUUGGUAAAAAGGACAGAAGAAUUCAGCUAUAGCUGUGAACAUGUUCUUUUUUCCUACCUUGUCAUUGAAAAUUGGGGAAUCACUUUUAACCAUUUUAUGUGUGUAUCCAAAGAGCACGGACUGUUUCUGGAUUGUCAAUGAGGAUGCUAAAUCUUAAAAAUAAAAAUUAUUUAAAACUUGUCUUAUAAUUAGAGCAGA